CGGCGGCGGCGGCGGGGCCGCCUCCCCCCCCGGCUCCCCCUCACCCGGCGGCGGCGGCGCCCGCGCCUCACCCCACCAUCAGGGCCUUGCCGCCCCAGCCGCCCCAGCAAAUCCCCCGAGGUCCUGUUCAGCAGCCCCUCGAGGAUCGGAUCUUCACUCCGACCGUCUCCGCUGUGUACAGCACUUUUAUCUCCACACAGGUAACACAAGUAGCAAGACAGCCGGGUCCUCCUGCCCCAUCCCCUUACACUGCACAUGAAAUAAAUAAGGGACACCCAAAUCUUGCUGCAACGCCACCGGGACAUGCAUCGUCCCCAGGGCUUUCACAGGCUCCGUACCCCUCAGGACAGAAUGCAGCUCCAACCACGUUGGUGUACCCUCAAGCCCCUCAAACAAUGAACACCCAGCCUCAGACCCGCUCGCCGCCCAGCAGAACAGUGCCAAUACAUUGCACAGACAACUGGAAGAGGAGGAAGGUUUUGGAACAGAGUCCGGUUUACAGGUCCCUGGCUGGAAGAGGCUGGAUAAAAUACUGCAUUUUUGCAGCGGGGCCUCGACCUGCCCAUCACCAGGGAGGAUUCAGACCUAUACAGUUUUUUCAGAGGCCUCAGAUACAGCCUCCAAGAGCUACCAUCCAGAACAGCAGCCCUUCCAUCCGUCCUGGUGCAACACCGACUGCAGUGUAUCAAACCAACCCCAUCAUGAUGGUUAAUCAUCUGCCAAUGCCGUAUCCUAUGCCUCAGGGCCCCCAGUACUGUAUACCACAGUAUCGACACAGUGGCUCCGUAGUUGGGCCCCCACAGCAGUAUCCUGUUCCAGCCACCAGGCCAGGCACCUUUUAUCCAGGACCAGGUCCUGGAGAAUUUCCCAAUGCCUACGGAACACCUUUCUACCCAAGGCAGCCAGUUUAUCAGUCAGCACUCAUAGUGCCUACACAGCAGCAGCAGCCUCCACCAGCUAAAAGAGAGAAAAAACGGUGGAUGAUGAUCCGGAUCCGGGAUCCAAACCAGGGAGGCAAAGAUAUAACAGAAGAAAUAAUGUCCGGAGGGGGCAGCAGGAACCCAACGCCCCCCAUCAUGAGACCCACUUCCACACCUACUCCACCUCAGCAGCUGUCCAGCCAGGUCCCAGAGCACAGCCCUGUGGUUUAUGGGCCUGUGGAGAACACCCAUCUCGCUGCCAGCACCCCUGUCACUGCGGCUAGCAACCCGAAGCAAGAAGAGAAGCCAAAACCAGAUCCAGUAUUAAAACCGUCUUCUCCAGUCCUCAGACCAGAACCUACUGUGGAGAAAAAAGAUCAAGCUGGCCAGACAACCGAGGCCGCCCCAGUGGAAACCCCACCAGAGCUUCUUCUUGCUCCAUCGCCAACCCCAGCCGCUCCCAUCGCAGUCGUUCCUGCUGCUGCUGUCGUCACCGUUUCUAGUAAACCCGCAUUCACAGCUGACUCAGAGGAGAGGUGUGAACUCGCUUCCCCAAAAGAGGAGGCAAUGCCUAUAUCUAAUGCCACACCCUGCACGGACACAUCAGACCCUUCGCCAGCAGACGAGGCUGAUGCUGAGGUGUGCAAGGAGCCUAGUAGUGUAGCAUCUAGUGAUAUUCCAGUGACUGCUAGUACUAAUCUAAUUAAUGAAUUAAAUGGAGUUAGUGAAAAAGUAACUGCUACAGAGAGCGUAGUAGAUGUAGCCCAGCCGGAAGUUGCGCCAUUGACUGCUGAGUUGGAGACACCAGAAGCACCUCCAGCAGAAGUGGAAAGUGUGCCAUCUUCCAGUGCUCCUCACACUGCUCCCUCUCCUCCUCCAACCCCUCCUCCAACCCCUCCUCCUCCUUCUCCUCCUAUUUCUGUUGCUGCUGCUGUUACCACUACAACUCCUUCUCCACCUCCUCUUCCAUCUCCUAGUGCCCUCCCUGUUGUUCAGGGAGAUUUAGAAGGAGAGGAGAGCACAAGAACUACUCUUAACGAAGAGGUAAAAGAUACUGAAACGAAGGAAGAGACAGAAGCAGAUGGGCAACUGGAGGAGAAUACAGAGGCUCAGAGUUUAAACUCUAGCAAGAGUCCUGUCCCAGCCCAAACAGCUGUAACUGCACCAAAGAUGUGGAAGAAACCAAAAGACCGGACCCAAGCCACUGAUGAGGUGACAGAGGCGGAAACAGAGCCUAAAGUAGAAGAGGAACUUUCAGGUGACAAAGUACUUGAAUCUGAACAGGAUAAAAUGAGCCAUGGGUUUCAACUGGAGAAAGACCCCUCUGAACUUAAAAAAGUGAAACCUGUGGAAGAAAAUGGAGAGCAGGAAGCAGAACCUGUCCGUAACGGUGCUGAGAACGUUUCAGAGGGAGAAGGAACUGAUGCAAACUCAGGCUGCACAGAGAGCUCCAGUGAAGGGCCAACGUACCAAUAUAAGCCAGAGCAGUGGAAGCCCCUGGACCCGGAUGGGAAGAAGCAGUACGACAGGGAGUUCUUGCUGGAUUUCCAGUUCAUGCCUGCCUGUAUCCAAAAGCCAGAAGGGCUGCCUCCCAUAAGUGAUGUGGUUCUCGACAAGGUGAGAGGAGAGCCAAUAAAACAGGUCAAUCAGCCAAAAUUGCCAUUGAGAACUCUGGACCCUCGGAUAUUGCCUCGAGGACCAGACUUCACGCCAGCCUUUGCCGACUUUGGGAGGCAAACCUCCGGUGGAAGAAACGUAUCUGGCAGUGCCUGCAAAGUGCAGAGCAACCCUGGAUUGCCUUCCCUGGCUCGGUGCGGUUCCCCAGCAUGCCCUCUCUUGGUCUCGCCUCACCCACCAUUGAGGAACCUGCCGAUAGGGUUGUUGAAUGUUGGACCGAGGAGAUCUCAGCCAGGCCAGAGGAGAGAGCCCAGGAAGAUUAUCACUGUGUGUGUAAAAGAGGAUGUCCACCUGAAGAAGGCAGAGAACGCCUGGAAGCCGAGCCUGAAAAGAGAAAACCAAACCGAGGACCCAGAAAAUGUCAAAACCCAGGAGCUGUUCCGCAAGGUACGAAGCAUCUUGAACAAGCUGACACCCCAGAUGUUCAAUCAGCUUAUGAAGCAAGUAACAGACCUGACAGUAGAUACAGAAGAGAGGCUGAAAGGAGUCAUUGACCUGGUCUUUGAGAAGGCUAUUGAUGAACCGAGCUUCUCCGUGGCGUAUGCAAACAUGUGCAGAUGUCUUGUAACGCUGAAAGUGCCCAUGGCAGACAAACCUGGGAGCACAGUAAAUUUCCGCAAGUUGCUGUUAAACCGCUGCCAGAAGGAAUUUGAAAAGGACAAAGCUGACGACGAUGUCUUUGAAAAGAAACAGAAAGAACUUGAAGCUGCUACCACUCCAGAGGAGAAGACACGGCUCCAUGAUGAGCUGGAAGAGGCCAAGGACAAAGCCCGACGGAGAUCCAUUGGGAAUAUAAAAUUCAUUGGCGAGCUUUUCAAACUAAAAAUGCUGACGGAGGCGAUCAUGCAUGACUGCGUGGUAAAGCUGCUGAAAAACCACGAUGAGGAGUCCCUCGAGUGCCUUUGCCGCCUGCUAACUACCAUUGGCAAGGACCUGGACUUUGAGAAAGCAAAGCCUCGCAUGGACCAGUAUUUUAAUCAGAUGGAGAAGAUUGUGAAAGAGAGGAAAACAUCUUCAAGGAUUCGGUUCAUGCUUCAGGAUGUAAUAGACCUAAGGCUGUGUAACUGGGUUUCGCGGAGAGCAGACCAAGGCCCGAAGACCAUCGAGCAGAUUCAUAAAGAAGCCAAGAUUGAAGAGCAAGAAGAACAGAGGAAGGUCCAACAACUCAUGACCAAAGAGAAGAGGAGACCGGGUGUCCAGCGGGUUGAUGAAGGCGGUUGGAACACUGUGCAGGGGGCAAAGAACAGCAGAGUGCUGGACCCCACCAAGUUCCUUAAAAUCACCAAGCCCACAAUAGAUGAGAAGAUUCAGCUUGUGCCUAAAGCCCAGUUGGGCAGCUGGGGAAAAGGCAGCAGUGGUGGAGCAAAGGCAAGCGAGAUGGACUCUUUACGACCAAGUGCCACUAGUUUGAACAGAUUUUCUGCACUGCAGCCUCCAGUCUCAUCUGUAUCUGCCUCAUCUGCAUCCUCAGAAUUAGAUUCUCGCAGGGCCUUAACUAGUCGCGGGAGCACGGGCCGGGAGAAGAAUGACAAGCCUCUCCCACCUUCCCUCUCCCGUCCCAACACCUUCCUACGGGGCAGCAGCAGUAAAGAGCUGCUGCUCGACAAUCAGGCACAAGAGGAGCAGCGGAGAGAGAUGCUGGAGACGGUGAAGCAGUUAACAGGUGGCAUGGAGAUGGACAGAAACAGCACAGAGGCAGAGAGGAACAAAGCCAAGGAGUCUGUCAAGCCAGAAGCUCCCCCAGCUCCAGUGCAAGAAAAGCCUUCGCUAUCAGAAGAAGAAAUAGAGAGAAAAUGCAAAUCUAUCAUUGAUGAGUUCUUGCAUAUUAAUGAUUUUAAGGAAGCAAUGCAGUGCGUGGAGGAGCUCAGUGCCCAGAAUCUGCUGCCUGUUUUCGUGCGAGUGGGAGUGGAGUCGACACUUGAGAGGAGUCAGAUCACCAGGGAUCACAUGGGCCAGUUAUUACAUCAGUUGGUGCAGUCAGGAAAGCUGAGCAAGCAGGAUUUCUUCAAGGGGUUUUCAGAUACCUUGGAGAUGGCAGACGAUAUGGCCAUAGAUAUACCCCAUAUUUGGUUGUACCUAGCUGAGUUGGUGACCCCCAUGUUAAAAGAAGGAGGAAUCUCUAUGAGAGAACUUAUGCAAGAAUUUAGCAAACCUUUGCUUCCUGUGGGAAGAGCCGGGGUCUUGCUUGCUGAAAUCUUGCACCUUCUAUGCAAACAAAUGAGCCAUAAGAAAGUGGGAGCCUUAUGGAGGGAGACUGGCCUCAGUUGGAGGGACUACUUACCUGAAGAGGAGGAUGUACAUACCUUUCUCAUGGAACAAAAGUUGGACUUCACGGAGUCUGACUGUUCCAGUUCCUCAGAAGCACUUUCAGAGAAAGAACUCUCUGCAGAAGAGCUGAACAAGCAGCUAGAAAAACUCAUUGUUGAGGACAAGGCGAAUGAUGAACAAAUCUUUGACUGGGUAGAGGCUAAUCUAGAUGAAAGCCAGAUGAGUUCACCUACAUUCCUUAGAGCUUUAAUGACAGCAGUUUGUAAAGCAGCUAUUAUAGCGGACUCUUCUAGCUUCCGUGUGGACACUGCUGUUAUCAAACAGAGAGUGCCGAUCUUACUCAAGUACCUAGACUCAGACACAGAGAAGGAACUACAAGCACUUUAUGCACUACAAGCAUCAAUAGUAAAACUUGAUCAGCCUCCUAAUUUGUUACGGAUGUUUUUUGAUUGCCUGUAUGAUGAGGAGGUAAUAUCGGAGGAUGCCUUCUACAAGUGGGAAAGCAGCAAGGACCCAGCGGAGCAGAACGGGAAAGGAGUAGCGCUAAAGUCUGUCACAGCAUUCUUCACAUGGCUACGGGAGGCCGAAGAGGAGUCGGAGGAUAAUUAAAACUUAAAAAUACAGGAAAAAAAAAGAAACAAUUUAAGUAUUUUUUUAAAAAGUUUCACAUCUUCGCCAAUCACAGUGCAGCAAGGCCAAUUCUCGCGCAGACCCCCCCUUGCCCCACACAUGCACGAGUGGGAGAGGUAAAAAUAGAUAAACACAAAGGUGAUCAUGGAGGAAAAAAGGUACUUGAAAAAAAGUAAACUUCAAACCUGAGGGCGGGAGCACUAAACCAAAAUACAUGUAUUAUUUAUAGAAAAUAUUUUCUGUUUUAAUCUUUUUUCUUUUUAAACAAGGACUCAUACUUACAUAAAACACAAAGCGAAACAAAUCUGUUUAGCAAAAAAAAAGUUUAAAACUUUUAAUUUAUUAUUUUAAGGACUGCAAAUGCCAGUGUAAUUUUUAAAUUUGCAGUUUCUGUAAACAAAUUGUAUAAUAGAACAAAAGCAGAGAAAUAAAUUUCCCUCCCCUUCAUAUGCACCUCAAUUUUGUUUCAAAGCAUGAUAAAAUAGACAAAACUUUUCAAGGGGGUUGGGGUAAGCUAGAUGAGGAAGAGAUCAAGUUUUUUUAAUUGUCAUCAGAUUUUUCUGCCUGCAUCUCAGCUUGCUUCAGAAAUUAAAAAGAAAAUAGUAAUCAAAACAUACAUAACCUUGGAACAGAAGGAAAUGCAUUUGAGAAAACUGCUGUGGACCAGAGUGCUCCGAAAAUAAUUCAUUCAAAACAGUGCUACCCUGGGGAAAAAGUACUAGUGAUACUUUCAGAACCUUUAGAGCAACUUUAAGGCUUGUAAAUACAUAGAACAAAUAUUUAAAAAAAAAAAAAAAAAAGAAAAAAAGAAAUUGACUCAAUACUAUUUCUUUUCACUUUCAAAAUAUAAAGAACAAAAUAAAGACAAACAUUGCAAGUUUAAAAGAAAGUAAAACGACUUCUCCUUUGACAGCUGCUGAAUGUGUGCACCAUAUCUGAGCGGUGCUGGCUUCCUUUUCAUUGUGUAGAUCCUCGGUUCCAAAUUGUGUACAUAUAGUGUGUGUAUGUAUGUGUGUCUACCAAAAAAGAGGGGUGAGAGCAAUUGUUU